UCCGUCCGUCCUGCCUUGCAGACUAUACCAGCUGUCAAGCCAGAGUGAAGGAUCAGGCAGAGGUCUGGGAGUGGCGGAGCCAGCCUUGCAGUGGAGCUUGAGAUCGCGAGGUUUCUACGCACACUUGAGGUUAGAGAUCACGGAGUCCAGUAAUAGAAUCCGAGGCGCGGAACGUCAUAUAUCUGGGAGAUCAAUAUAUACUAACUCAGCUCAUGCCUCCCUUAUGCCUGGGGAAGCCGUGUGGAGUGAGGAAGAAGGACGGUGACCUGGGGUCCUGACUCGGGGCUCCUGGUCCCUACCCUAGGUGAGUUCCAAUGAAUCGGCUCAUGAAGGGGAAACCCGCUGGCCCACCCUGAGACAAGAAUGGCACCACCCUCUGGGUGCAGCCUCCUUGUGAUCGGUGCACUGGGCGUCUUUGCACUUGACUGCUUCGCGAGAGCUCAGAAGAACAGCACGCUAAUUUUCACGAAGGAAAACACCAUUCGGAAGUGCAGCUGCUCUGCAGACAUCCGGGACUGUGACUACAGUUUGGCCAACCUGAUGUGCAGCUGUAAAACCGUCCUGCCUUUUGCAGUCGAGCAAACCAGCUACAAUGACCAUCUGACCAUCUGGUUCACAGACACAUCUGCACUGGGACUCCUCUUGAACUUCACGCUGGUCCGGGACCUGAAGCUUUCUCUGUGCAGUACCAACGUUCUCCCCACUGAGUACCUGGCUAUUUGUGGUCUGAAGAGGCUUCGCAUCAGCACCGAGGCCAAGCAUCCCUCCCCAGAGCAGAGUUUACUCAUCCACGAUGGUGGAGAGAGAGAAUCCAGAGAGAAGCCCGUGUUGUUACACCAAGGCUGGCAAACCUGUAUGUAUAUCUCCUUCUUAGAUAUGGCACUUUUCAACAGGGAGUCAUCCUUAAAAUCAUAUAGCAUUGCAAACUCUGCCAGCAUGGCCAGCAACUUCCCCUACUUUUCCUACUUUAAAACCUUCCCAAUUCUAAGCAACAAAAGCUAUGUUGUCACAUUCAUUUACUAACAUUGUAGCUGUGCCCAACCUUUGGGACCUUUGGCACAUUAUGGAUCAUUUCAACAAGGAAUCUGUGAACAAGGUCACGGGUAUUCCUAUCCUCAACUUCACUUCACCCCCAGCCCCCAUCUGCCGGCCCUCUCUGCUCUGCGCAUGCCCAUCCAUGGUAAAACAAAAUAAAAAGAGCCAAAACACCUACUUGAUUCAGUCCAGGAACGUGCCUUGAGGGCCAGCUAGAGGCUAGGUCCUUGCUACUGGGGGCAGGUGGAGAAAUGUCAGAUCAGAGAUGGAGAGACCAGUGCACCCCAGGAACUGCUUAGUGGAGCUCAGCAGAGGGGAUGACCCCCAAGAAAGGCAUCUUCCUUCAAAACAUUGCCUUAAUUUUUUUCUUUUUUUGCUUCAUUUUGGUAGAUAGCUUGGAAUUCCCCUAAGUAGAGAAUGAUAGACUUCAGCAUUUUGAGACUGUGAGCGCCACAAAAUGAUCAGAUUCUCUUAGACUGGUAUUUUCCAAAUAUCUCGUUAAGAAUAUGCACAUGGAGAAAGGGGAGUCUUGUGGGUGUGUUUAGUGAGGGAGGUCUGAAGCUUGGAGGACAGGGUGGGACCUUAGGACCGAUUGAGGGCCACUAGGGUCCUGAGGAAGGGACACAGAAAGAAAAAUUGGAAGUCACAAAAACCAAGUGCAUUGGGUUUUUUCCUUAGGGCAAGGCCUAAACCCAGGGAAAGUUUUCCUCUUCGAGCCCUUCACGUCCUUCUCUUGUCUUGCCUCCUAUCUUCGGCCCCGCUGUGCCACUUCCCCGUCUAACUUCUCAUUGUCUUCAAACCCUCCUCCUCCUUCUCCUGUUCCAGAAAUCAGUACUUACAUUCAUACCAGUAGAACUACGUUUGACCACAUUAGGGGCUAGCCUGGGAAUGUAACAGUCCCUUAUAACAUUACUCCCAUGGGUAAAUAUGCCCAGAUUACUAACAGAUAAUUAACGAAAGAGCUUUUAGCACUCGGUCCAUUUGGAAGUUUAAGACCGGAAAGUCAAGACACGUUGCCUGAUGGGGUUAACGCAAAAUGGUUUUACGUGCAUUGAUACAAGGAACUAACACAACAUAUUUCUUUUAAAAUUAAACUGACUUGGGGAUUCCCUGGUGGUCCAGGUUAGGAUGGCGCAGUCUCACACCUGAGGGCCCGGGUUCAAUCCCUGGUUGGGGAAGUAGGAUCCUGCAAGCCAUGUGGCACAGCCAAAAAAAUAAAUACGUUUAAAAAUUAAUUAAUUAAACGGACUCAUCAUUGUACGAAGAAAAUCUUCUCUCCCAGAGACCCAACUUACCAUUAAAGUGGAAUAUAAAGAACCUGUGGCAAUUAUGGUAUAAAUGUCUAAAUUCAGAGCGCAAAGAAUUUGAAGCAUGACUGAAUUUAUGAUAUCAUAAUAAGAAAUACUUCUAUUAUGAAAUGACAGGCUGUCUUGGAAUUGACGACUUUAUAUCACAUUCAUCACAUUUUUCUCUUAACCUUAACACAGGGUAACUGAAAUAACCUGAAAUGUCUACAUUUACUUAAUUGGUGGGGGAUUUGGCCAUUCGGGCUAAUUAGCAUGCAUCUAUAAUGUCAGUGUUUAAAUUAGGCCAAAACUAAGACCAAAAUAUGAAUUUUAAUAGAAAAAUGUAAUGACCUCAUUACUGACAUUGUAUCUGGAGGUAAGAUUAAAGUGAUGGAAGAAGACAAAGAAGAA